AUGGAUUUUUAUGGAAUUUUGGUGCUCAUUUUUAUAGUGUUCAUAUUUGUUAUCUUAUUACCUACUAUAUCGGGUGUUGGCACUUUCAAAGUCAAUAAUAAAAAGGAACACAGUAAUAUAUUGAAGUUCAAACUAGAGCAGGAAGAUAGGAAGCAAGAUGAUGCAGCAACUUCUUCAAUGAAAAACAAAUUCGAAGUCAAUCCAAGAACCGGACUAAAAAGACGUAUCAUUGGCAAAUACAAUGAAGAUCCUAAUGAAUUUGACUUUACUGUUGAUGAUCUAAUUAACGAAGAUAAAGUAGAAGAGGAAAGGGAAAGGCUUCAAAGACUUAAAAAAUAUGAUAAUGACGAACAGAAAGCCAAUGAAAGCUUUGUAUGA